AUGGAUUCUGACGAGAAGAAGGAGAAUAAAGAGGUCGAUGUUGGCGAAAAGCGCACGAAAAAGGAGGAUGAGGAAGAUGGAAGAGGGAGCGGUGAGGAAAAGGAGGAGGGAGAGAGCGACGAGGCGGAGGGACAUUUUAAGGAAAGCAUGUUGACGAGGGGAAGAGGGUGA